AAACAAAUGACACUAUUUUCAGAAUUGCAUUCUCUUCUUAUAACUUGUCUCUUUUUCUCUUUCCACCGUCCUCUUCUCUUUUCUAGAGGGCAUUUGGGAGAGCAUUGUUUCUCUCUGCAGUUGUAGGAUGAGACGUUAAUUCUCCUGAAUACGAAGCAGAAGCGACAACUAAAAAGACUAAACACAAUGUCUAUGUCUGAUAUUCAAUCUCCCAAAGCUGUUGACAAGAUUGACCGUGUUGGAUCUUUGAAAAAGAUACUGAGGGAUUCCCUCACAAGGAGGAGUAGGCGUAGCAGUAGUAAGGUUAUGUCAGUUGAAAUCGAGGAUAUUCGCGACGCUGAUGAUUUGAAAGCCGUUGAUGAAUUCCGUCAGGCUCUUAUAUUGGAUGAAUUGCUUCCUGAGAAGCAUGAUGACUAUCAUAUGCUGCUCAGAUUCCUUAGGGCAAGGAAAUUUGAAAUUGAGAAAUCAAAGCAAAUGUGGUCAGACAUGCUUCAGUGGAGGAAAGAGUUUGGAACUGAUACCGUUGUUGAGGAUUUUGAAUUCGAGGAACUUGAGGAAGUGGUGCAAUAUUAUCCUCAUGGAAAUCAUGGAGUAGAUAAAGAAGGAAGACCAAUCUACAUUGAGAGGUUGGGACAAGUUGAUGCCACAAAGUUGCUGCAAGUCACAACAAUGGAUCGAUAUGUCAAAUACCAUGUCAAGGAAUUUGAGAGAACAUUUGAUCUCAAGUUUCCAGCCUGUACCAUUGCUGCAAAGAAACACAUAGAUCAAAGCACCACCAUUUUGGAUGUGCAAGGAGUGGGGCUUAAGAACUUCAACAAACAAGCCAGAGAUCUUAUCACACGCCUUCAGAAGAUUGAUGGUGACAAUUAUCCUGAAACCUUGAAUCGCAUGUUCAUCAUCAAUGCAGGUUCUGGAUUCAGAAUGUUGUGGAACACUGUUAAAUCUUUCCUUGACCCAAAGACCACCGCAAAAAUCCAUGUUCUUGGCAACAAGUACCAAAGCAAGUUGCUUGAAAUAAUUGAUGCAAGUGAAUUGCCAGAGUUUUUAGGAGGUACUUGUACCUGCGCUGAUCAAGGAGGCUGCAUGCGUUCUGAUAAGGGUCCAUGGAAGGAUCCAGAAAUAAUUAGGAUGGUUCAGAAUGGCGAACACAAAACCUCAAGGAAAAUUGAGGCUCCUAUCGUUGAAGAGAAAACUCCUGAGGAAAGCCAGGCUUCCAAAAUGGAGGCAGUUUUCACUGCACAAUUGUCUACUGUCUAUGCCAAGGCCCCUUCUUCAAAAGCAUGCAACUAUGAGGAUUUGGUCCCUAUGGCUGAUAAAACUGCUUGGCAGAUGGUGGAAAAAACUAAGUCAUUUGCAGUACCAAAAGCUGAAGUAGAAGCUUUGACGGUGCCUGAUUCAUGCAAGAUUCACGAAAAAGUGAACUCACAGAUUUUCACCGGCAUGAUGGCCUUUGUGAUGGGACUCAUAACCAUGGUGAGAAUGACACGAAACAUGCCGAAGAGGCUCACUGAUGCCAACUUCUACUCAAAUUCUGUUUACUCUGGUGGUGACUUUAAAACUGAAGACUCUAAUGACCAAUUGACCAACCCUACCAUUUCGGCUCAAGAGUUUAUGACUGUUAUGAAGCGCAUGGCUGAGUUGGAAGAUAAAAUGGGCAACAUGAACACAACCACUUGCAUGCCACCUGAGAAGGAAGAAAUGCUUAAUGCUGCUAUAAGUCGCGCUGAUGCUCUUGAGCAAGAACUUAUGGCAACCAAGAAGGCUUUGGAGGAUUCACUUGCCAAGCAAGAGGAGCUUUCGGCUUACAUUAAUGAGAAAAAGAAAAAGAAGAAGAAGUUGUUUCAAUGGGCAUGAGCUCUGAAUAACAUUGGGGAUUAAAUUAUACUUUCACCUUUCCAAAGACAUCCCAAAAUACCCUCCCUCAUAUGUAUUAUAAUGUUCGAAAUAUUCGAACUCAUUCAUUAAUAAUAGAUGUACCAGAAAUUGAAUUUCAUCGUGAAGUACUAUAGUCUAGGGUAGGACUUGCUCUCUUUGUAUAUAAAAAGCUUGAUGCACAUUGUAUGCAAAAGCCAGUUCUAUUUUGGACAUACGGUACACGAAUGAAUAUUCUAUAGCAUCAAAGUAGAUAGAUAGCAUUUUUUUUAUUUUAUGGAUUGUUAAAAUUUAUUCUAAUGUGUUUAUUCUUUAA